AUGACGUCGUACCGAUUUAGUUCAUGUUAUAUUCAAGGGGUCAAAAAAUUUCUGAAUGUUGCAAAAGACUUUACUGAUUCAAAUGGCAGAGUUCGAUGUCCAUGCAAGAACUGCAUCAAUAUUUAUUUGAAGCCAUUGCAAGAAGUAAAAAUGGAUCUAUAUCAAUAUGGAAUUAGUGAAAACUACACAAACUGGGUGCACCAUGGUGAGACUUCUCAACCUCGUGAUAGUUUAGAUGGCUCUAUUAAUUCGGACAAUGAAUUGGAGGAUAGUGGAAAUGAUGUUUCAGAAAUUAAUAAGUCAUUUUUUUCGAAUUUGGAGUUGUUCAAGGAUGCACUCCCGAGAGGAGAAACCCUUCCAAGCUCAAGUUAUGAGGAAAAUGAAAAUCUUGACACGUGUCCAACUUGUAAGGCCCCUAGAUGGAAAUUAGGUUUCGGAAAACGCAAGAAGGUUGCUCAAAAAAUUCUUAGACACUUCCCUUUAGUACCUAGACUUCAGAGGUUAUUUAUGUCUAAAGAUAUUGGUGAAAAUAUAAGGUGGCAUAAGGAGAAACGUGUAGAUGAUGAUACGAUUAGACAUCCAGCUGAUGCUACGGAAUGGAAAGAUUUUGACCAGAAAUAUGCUUGGUUUGGCAAAGAUGCUCGUAACGUGCGACUUGGGCUUGCUAGUGAUGGAUUUAACCCUUUUGGAAAUAUGAGCACGAGUUAUAGCAUGUGGCCGGUGAUUGUGACGCCAUAUAACUUACCACCAUGGAAAUGCAUGAAGGAGAAUUUUUUGAUGUUAUCUUUGCUUAUUCCUGGUAAGGAAUCUCCCGGAAAUAAUAUCGAUGUAUAUUUAAGGCCAUUAAUUGAUGAGUUAAAAGAGUUAUGGGAGACUGGUGUGACAACAUAUGAUGCAUAUAGCGGUAAGAAUUUUCAAUUACAUGCUGCAUUAUUAUGGACAAUAAAUGACUUUCCAGCAUAUGGAAUGUUAUCUGGAUGGAGCACAAAAGGAAAAUUGGCAUGUCCUGUGUGUAAUAAGUGGACGUGUUCGCUAACAUUAAAAAAUGGAGUGAAGCAAUGUUACAUGGGUCAUCGGAGAUAUUUACAUGCCCAACAUUCUUGGAGAAAAAGCAGAAAAUUUGAUGGCAAACCAGAGCACGGGUCAAAGCCUGAAGAGUUGUCAGGAGAUGAAGUUCUAAGGCAAUUAGAUUUGCUUCCAAAAAGCCUUGUUUUUGGGAAGACACCUAACCAAAAAAAGCGUGCACGUGGUCCUGAAGAGCUCAAUUGGACAAAGAGAAGUAUAUUCUUUGAAUUGCCUUACUGGAAAACAUUAAAAUUACGUCAUAAUUUAGAUGUAAUGCAUAUUGAGAAGAAUAUAUGUGAAAAUAUAUUGGGUACGUUGAUGAAUAUUGAUGGAAAAUCUAAGGAUAACAUUAAGGCUCGAAUGGAUUUAGAAGCAAUGGGUAUAAGAAAAGAGUUACAUUUACAGCAAAAGGGAAAUAAAUUUUUUAUGCCACUUGCUUGUUAUACAUUACCGAAGCCUGAAAGGAGAAAGUUUUGCGAAUGGUUGCAGUCAAUCCGGUUGCCAGACGGAUAUGCUUCCAAUCUUUCUCGAUGUGUAAGUGUUCAGGACUGCAAAGUUAUGGGGAUGAAAAGCCAUGAUUAUCAUAUAUUCUUGCAACGGUUACUUCCAGCAUCAAUUUGUGGGUCUUUGCGUAGUGAGGUUUACACUGCAUUAUCAGAGUUGAGCUCUUUCUUUAAGGAGCUUUGUUCGAAGACUUUAAAAAGAUCUACAGUUAAAAAGUUGCAGAGCGAUAUCAUUUUGAUAAUAUGUAAACUUGAGAUGAUAUAUCCUCCAUCUUUUUUCGUGGUAAUGAUGCAUUUGGCAAUUCAUCUGCCACGUGAAGUAGAAUUAGGAGGCCCUGUUCACUAUAGGUGGAUGUACUUUAUUGAGAGGUUCUUACGUACUUUGAAAAAUUAUGUACGUAACUUAGCUCGACCGGAGGGUUCAAUUGCUGAAGCGUAUAUCACUAAAGAAUGUUUGAACUUUUGUUCACUGUAUUUUCAUGGUGUUGAGACAAUAUAUAAUCGCGUUGAGAGAAAUAAUUUUCCUGUGCAAAUAGGAGUGGAAAAUGGAUUUUCCAUAUUUUCAAACAAUGCAAGACCUUUAGGAGCUACAGAAUAUAAAACGUUAUCCCAUUCUGAUUUUGAAAAAUUGCAGUGGUAUGUGCUUAACAAUUGUGAGGAUGUUGAUGAAUAUCUUAAGAUUCACAUUGAGGAAUUACAAAAGGAAAGUGUUAUAGAUGUGCAAAAAAGACACCAGGCAGGAUUUGCCAGUUGGUUCAAGGAGUGUGUUGGACGCUUACGUGCUACUGGUUUGGUUGCAGCAACAGAUCAUAUAUAUGCGUUGGGAUUAGGUCCUGAUAUACGAAUUGCUAGGUACAGUGGGAUAAUUGUCAAUGGAGUUAGGUUUCACACAGUUGAGCGUGAUAAUUUUCGUCGGACUCAAAAUAAUGGAGUUUCAGUUACGGGAGAGCAUAAGUCGAAAGAAAUCGAGUUUUAUGGUGUGCUAACAGAUAUCAUUGACCUCCAAUAUGUUAAUGGGAAUCAUGUUUUCUUGUUUAAAUGUGAUUGGUGGGAUGUUGGCGAUAAAAAUGGAAUUAAAACAGAUGGCAACUUAGUUUCUGUUAAUGUGAGCCGUAAAUGGUAUACAGGUGAUUCUUUCGUGUUGAGUUCUCAAGUACAACAGGUUUUUUAUGUCAGCGAUAUGAAAAAUGGAGGUCAUUGGAAAAUUGUGCAAAAAUCAUUUCACAGGAAUAUAUUUGAUGUGCCAGAAAAGGAAAAAGUGUGCAAUGAAGAUUCAAUAUUGAAUGAUGAGCCCUAUCAGCAAUACGAGGCAGAUAAUAGUCAUGAAGUCGAUCAAAAUGGUGGUGAAAAUUUGGAACUCUUGCAUCCAAUAGAUGUAUUACCGGAUGAAGUUGAUGUUGGUCAAAUGUUUCAAGGUCAAAACUCAAACCCGAUUUAUUCUAGCGAUGAGGAGGAUGAUACUACGAUCAAUUAUGAUGAUGCCGACACUGAUGUACUAGAAGACUCAAAUGACAGUGACAAUGAAGACGAAGACGAUGAUUAGUGACUGAAAUUUACCGCUUAUUGAACUCUUUUUGGAUUCUUGUAGCUUGUUUGAAAGUAUGAAUUUUACUGAGAGAUGCUUUUUUAUAUUGCCUUGAAUGUAGAUUGUAGAAUUUUGGUGUUUUAUGGCAGUAGUUAUGCAGCCCAACAUGAAAUUUGUGGAAAA